ACCCCCCCAGCCCUGCCUACCUACAGUGCAGCUGCCUGGAGUUCAGCACUCUGUGGAACGGGAAGAGAAGAAGAAGCUGCAUUGAACACCUCAAGGAGGGAGAUUUCUGUUGUUAUUUUGUUGUCUGUCUAUCUUAAAUGUAACAAGAAAGGAAUUGACUGUCACUGAUGCUGAUGUAUUGGGCUGACAGAUUUAAGGUGAAGAAGGGACAUCUUUGUCAUUAUUAGGAGAAAGGACAUCUUCCUCACAGUGGGAGAAAGGAUACCCAUCAGAAGCGGACAGUGUGGGGAAGAAGUUUCUGAUACGUGACUCCUACUACGUUUGCAAUCUUCCUCUGGAAGAAGUCCGGGAAAAGCAGUGGAAUAACCUCAAAUGAUGAACUCCAUCCUGGACAUAUUAAGGAAAGGAACUCAUGUUUCAUUAGGAAAUUAGGUGCGUGAUCCAUUUCUCACAGGUGUCUAAACUGGGAACAUUGACGCUGGCUGAUACAGAGUUUUCAUCUCUGUUUGAAUAAAUGUCUAUUUUUUGGACACAUACCAUACUUUCUCCUUCCCUACUCUGAAUCAUUCUUGUGGAAUCUAACAGACCAAAAUGACUUUGAACCUCUUACAUGCACCAUUCCAGAACACAUUUUGUUAAUUAAACAAAGGAUCAUGAGUCAAACACAGGAACAGUACACAGCCAAACGACUUGUUUUAUAAUAAGAUUUUGAUGGACAUAAUCACCUGACUCAAAUUUUUGUCGUUAGGUAUGCUUAAUAAGUUUCAAAUUAAUAACUAAUUUUCAGUUCAAUUUCAUAAUUUUUUUCCUGUAAAAUUUACAGAUGAACUUUUUCGGAAAAUACUCAAACAUUGCUUGAUAUCAGUCACAUCUUCAGUUGGGAGAAGCCAAGCUUGCCGUAUACUGUCAAACUGGGGUGCUGGAUUUUCAAAAAUAACUCAAGAACAUUUAAGAACAUUCUGAUCUGAUCCUCUUCUACUUGCCACUGGUGAGUUUGCAAAGAGCCUAAAAGACUUCAAGUCGGUUUGUUUUUCUUUUGUUAUUCAAGGAAGCGUGCUGUUCAAAUAUGAAGCUAUUUCUGAAGAAACCGAUCACUUCAAAGCAAGAUGGGAAUCUCCGGCUGCUUUUGACACGACGGCUCCUGGACGUGUGAUAGCUUUCAAUAGGUCUUAAGAUGCAGCCGUGUUUUGAGGGAUAGUGUCAACACUCCCUGAUCACUUGGUUCUUGAUGUAUGGAUGACCAGAGCAAAGGGAGAGCACACAAGCCACUCUUUUUUCACCUCUCUCUGCUCCUGCUGUUGGAAUAUCGACAUAGCCUUUACCUGCAGGUCACCCGAGGAGUGAGACACGCAGACUAGUCUGGAUAAGCCGGGCGAACGAGUUUCAAUGCUCUUACUCAUUCUAAGAUGAAGUUAUGGAAGUGUGCCGCCCUCGCCGUGAUGCUCUGUGGUGCAGCACUGUCCCUCUUCCUCACUAGAAUCAUGGUUCCCUCAAGGGCUCGACGGCUUCAUCCCGCGUCGUUCGCAACGCAGCCGCCGUCGUCGCCCUCUUCUUCAGACUCCGCCUCCUCCCUGACGGACAGGCACCACCGGACGGCCAGAGCUGCGGAGGGCAUGAACUCUCUCCUUUCAGAACUCUCGCACGUGUUCCAGAGCUUCACAGAAGGAGAGCUAAAGCAAAUUAUUGCAGCAUUUGUGGACAAGAAGGCAAGGAGAGACAUUCUGGAUGCCAGCCAGAUCAAGAGGACUAAGCGAGCCAGAAAGAGACAAAAUUCUUGCUCACUCAAGCAUAAGGUGGUCACAGUAAGUCAGCUGGGCCUAGGCCAUGACAGCAAUGAGGAACUACGGUUUCAAUAUUGCAGCGGGAGGUGCAUGGGGCAGAGAAAAAACUACGACGUGGCAUUAAAUACAAUGAGAAAGAAUGGCGUUAUCGAAAAUGCAAAAGCCCGACACAAACCCUGUUGCCGUCCAACCGUGUACGAUGACAUUUCAUUCUUUGAUGACAUGAACUUCAAAUAUUACACCCUCCGCAACUUGACUGCCCGGGAAUGUGGCUGUGUAUAGUGUAUAAAGCACAGCUAUGUGUCUUAUCAGCAUGGAAGCCACAAGAUCAUUUGGGGAGCAUAACCGACUCCAUGCUUGCCUGAUACAUUUGGAGACACCCCCAGCUUUUCGCAAAUGUCAAGAGACGAGAAGAAAUUGGAGGAAUUAACAAACUUUUAUUUCUUUUAGGUGUGAGCUCACAUUUGUUACACUGUGUCCAUGUUUCAGUCGUUACCUUAAACUAUUACUUGUCUACAGCAGAGAAUGACAACGGAAUGCGAACAUUGCCUGUCCUAUUUCUGCAACUGUCUUAGAGAAAAAUACACUGUAUGAUUAAUUUAUCAAAAUAAGUAAUUACUGAUAAAGCUGCCUAUUACCUGCUUGUCUUGUUGCAAACAUUUAAACAUUCAUAUAUUUAAAAAUAGUAUUUCAUGAAUGGGAUGGAGUUAUCAGGCUAGUUCUUGAAAUCCAAAAUUAUGUUACAGACAGUUCCAUCUUCAUUUAUUUUCUGAACAUUGAAGUCUCUAGCCUUCAGUUAAUCAACUGUAAAAAUCUACCUCAUUUUUUUUGACCAAAACAUAUAAAGCUCAAUACCCAUACCACAAGGAAAUGGACACCUCAUUUUGCUGCUUUUCAAAACCCCCUCAGAGGAAGAGGUGUAAUUGAGGUAAAAGUGUUCCUCAUUGCAACACCCAUGCUAGAGAGCUUUGAAGAAAUAUUUGUUGGACUGAACUUGAGUAAAAUAUAAAGCACCAUCCAACAAAGACGCUGACUUCAGCUGUCACAUUGCAUACAAUUCCUUGUAUGGUUCUUUCAGAACUUGACUAGCUUGUAUAUACAAUACUACUUGAAGGAAGAUGGGAUUUUAAGAGAAUGUUGUACAUUAAAACGAUAAUCCUCUGCUGUUGUGGCCCUGAAAGCUUUGCCAAACCUCUCCACUAAUACUAUAAAGAAAUGUCUGUCUUACUCUAGCAUAUUUGUUCAGUGCAACCCAGGGUUGUACUUCAGAACCUUCCUUUCAUUUCCACAUUCAAGGAACAGAGGAACAUAACAAUUUGUGUGACAGUAUAAGGCCAACUGUGUGUUUUCCAUCACCUGACCUAGAAGCCACUGAAACGUAUACAGUACUCAAUUGCAGUAUAUGAUGCAUACUUCCAGCAUCCCCAAACACAAUGAUGCUCUGUAUGUCUGACCAUAUAACUAAGCCAAAGAAAAAUUAUAUGUCUUACCACACUAGACUGUAAUUAUACCUUUUACUGUAAAAGAUACCGUUCCUGUAAACAGCCGAAAGCCUAUAUACUGUGUGUAUGUGUGUGUACGCACAAACAUGUAAACAUAUAUAUCUACAGUGCUGGUCAAAUGCACACAUUUCUUAGAGACAUUUCAGCAAGCAUGUUGCUUUUAAUGUUGGUUUUUUUUGUUAUUUUGGAUUGAUUUAAGCAAUCACUGUUAUACUGUAGGCUGACCUGUUCACAGAGCACCAUAAACAAACCGAAGCAAAGAAAAAAUAGUAAAAAAAUAAAUAUAAAACAAAAUUCAAAAUUGCCAUUUGCAAUGUGACAUAACCCAGCCAUGUAAACAAGACACAUUUAUCUUUAUGUUUUUCCCCACUGGAAGUGUGUUAAGUAAAUCCAGAAAACUUCACAUUACUGGACCUUUUUAAAGCAAAGCACAUUGCAACAUCAAAGAUUAGACAAAUUAAACAAUCAUAUUCAAUAGUUAGGAUUGCAAAUUAAAAGUAAGCAUUCUACUGUAAAUAUGACUGAAACCAGAUUUUUGCCUCAGUGAAGUAAAUGUUUUAUCCUGACUUAGCCGCCACAAAUCCGAAACGUUUGCACAAAGCCCAUAAUAGACUAUUCUAAUCCACUUAGCUCCUUUAUAACUGACUUGUCCAAAAAAGACUGCGCACUAGAGGCAUAGCACACCACGUAGUAGAAAAACUAUCUAUUUAUAGUCACGGAUUAAGAUAAAUUAGUGAAGAAGAAGGUUCUACUUAAAGUGAACUCAUGAAACUGACAGCAACAGAUACACUAUAAAUCAGCAACAAACAAAAAACAGACAAAAUAAAUAUGCUACAUAUAUGAUCCAGGCUGGAUAAAAUGUGGGGUUAAAAUGUAAACGUAUGUCAAACUAUCAUAGCAGCAUGUAAAACAACAAUUCUGAAUGAGUAUUGAAAAAAGGUAUUGGGAUACUGUACACUCCACUGUUCAGAUAUUGAAAACCAAUUGAAUAAUAGGAUUAAAUAUUUAUAUUAAACAGUCUCUCUUCCUGCAAAUGCUUUUAACCUGCAUGAUCUUCUGUAGGAUGCAGAUGUUGGUUGAUUAUUGUUACAUUUAUUAUUCACGAACCCAGUUCAGUCUGAAUUUGUAUUUUGUCUAUUGCAUUGUUUCUGCUCAGGAAUCAUUCAACUGAGUCCAUCAGUUUCUGAGAGAGAAUGCCCCAUACAAUGAUUAGGGCCUUGUAGAGACCUCUUAAGUUAAGUCCAAUCAAGUAAUUAGAGCAAUGAGGUAGUUAAAGUCAUGGGCUGGACAUAAGCCAAGAGACACUAGGCUCACCACGACCAUACGUUUUUAAAGCUCACGCUAGUGUUUCUCAGCCACGGUCCUGAAAACCUACUGUUCUGGAUUUCAUCUCUUUGAGAGUUAUUGAUGGUUGGGUCCUUGCAAAAUAAACAUGUUGCCAGAGCUGUAUUUACAGUAAUACAAUGGAAAGAGUAAAUAUUCUUCUUCCACUUAUUACAAUGGAUUAUAUACCUUUAAAUAAAUUUGGUAUACAUAAUAUUCCUUGCAGCUAAGCAACCAAAACCAAGUGGCUACUCAGGAUGGUGUUUGAGAAAUCCUGGUUGGUACUACAAAUCAGAGGGUUGUACUUUUUAUUAAUGAGUAAAGACAUAGAGGCCACAUAAUCCAGGAUUAUGUUCAUUAUUUAAUAUCUGAAAGUCAUAUGGGAGAGAACCAUUCAAAUUCAUAAUGUAAAAAAUCAGAUUUUUACAAACCUGUGCAAGAAAUGUGUGUGAUGUGCUUUUUCCAGGCAUGCAAUAGGAAAAGCAUGGUUGUGGAAUGUGACAAACUCUCCACCAUUGUGGAAAAUCACCUCUUUUGAUGACUGGAGUAUUUCAACAUGCCUCUUAAAGAAGAGUUUUGGUAAAGUUAAAAAGUUCAAACUGAACUGUUUUCAUCAUGCCCCCCCCCCCCCCCCCAACCUCAAUAUCUAUAUCAAAGACAAAUAUAUUUUUGUAUAAUGUCUAUUAUAGUCAUGUAAAGUAUAUCCAUGUAAGAUGCACUGCUCUGAUACCCAGUACUCAAGCUUUAUCUUGAUUUAUUUUGCUUUGUUGUUUUAAAUAACCCUGAUUGCCCUGAUUUCCUUGUUGUCUCCCUCAGUCCUCCCCCCUCAUACACUCAUAAUUACUGGAGGUGACAAAGAGACUAGAGGUUUCUUCAGUUUUUGCAUUGUUGGACUCUGUUGACCAACAGCAGUUAAGUUGAUGCAAUGCAUCUGUAUUAUGGAUAAUCUAUAUUUAUUGGGAAGUAAGUUAUGGUUAAUUUAUUUACAUAGCAUUGUUGUCAACGAGGAACACUUUUAUUUAUUGAACUAUUCGUGCCAAAUUGGACUUUUCCUGUAUUAUAUUCUCCAUCCUAUACUGAUUGUUGAAUAAAUUUUAUCAGCUUUAAAAAGUUGGUGUUGCAUCUUCUUUCUCUCAUAACACUGACAGACAGGUGCUCCAAGCACGCAUGAUGCUGAAUGUUAUUAGUUUGGCUUUACACACCUGACCUGUCAUAAAAGCCUUAUUACCGAAAGUGAUUUAUUAAAGAGAUUUUAUAAAAUGGUAUUAUUCAUUUUUGACGAAUCAUUUUAAGUAUUUGACCCCAGAC